GGGUUGGGGGGAGCAGCGCUGGAAGGUUCUUGACAGUGAGGGAACCUUCUCGAACUUUCCGUGUGCGUAUAAAUAAAGAGUCCUGCCACGGAUGAGAGUUUUUACAGUAGAGCACUGACGUGUGAUGUGACAGAUAGUAGCACAACCAUUAGAACGAGGCUAAGAACUUUCCUAUUGAUAGCUUGCGCAGAUACGACAUCAUUGAGCGGCAUUUCCGUCUGGAGGAGGAGGUGGAGGAAGAAGAAGACGGUAGAGUCCUAGUCGAAAGCCAGAAGUCGUUGCGCAUUAAACCAUUUUCUCUUAGGAAGAGGGGCGACGAAGUGUCAACAUGGGCAAAGACUACUAUAAGAUCCUGGGCACGCAGAAAGGGGCUACGGACGAGGAAAUCAAGAAAGCGUACCGUAAGCAAGCACUGCGUUAUCACCCGGACAAAAACAAGGCGCCGGACGCCGAGGAGAAAUUCAAAGAGGUGGCAGAGGCGUACGAUGUCCUCAGCGACCCGAAGAAGCGAGAGGUGUACGACAAGUUCGGCGAAGAAGGACUAAAGGGUGGCAUUGGAGGAGGAGGUCCCAAUGGCACCAACUUCAAUUACACAUUCCACGGGGACCCCCAUGCAAUGUUUGCAGAGUUUUUUGGUGGCCAGAACCCUUUUGAUGCUUUCUUCCGGCACAGUGCAAGUGAUGACGACAUGGACACAAGUGACCCCUUUGCCAGUUUUGGAAUGGGGGGCAUGGGAGGCUUUUCUCAUGGCUUUGGCCGUUCAGGGCCAAGGCUCAGCCGGGACAGCAUCACCAAGAAGCAGGACCCACCAGUGGUGCACGAUCUUAAAGUCACACUAGAGGAGAUCUUCAGUGGUUGUACAAAAAAAAUGAAAAUCUCCCAUAAGAGGCUCAACCCAGAUGGCAGGACCACUCGAAGUGAAGAUAAAAUUCUGACAAUUGAUGUGAAACGUGGUUGGAAAGAAGGAACAAAAAUUACUUUCCCCAAGGAAGGCGAUGAGAUGCCAACCAACAUUCCAGCUGAUAUCAUCUUUGUUUUGAAAGACAAACCCCACUCGAUAUUUAAACGGGACGGUUCAGACAUCGUUUUUCCAGCAAAAGUUACUCUUCGAGAGGCUCUCUGUGGAUGCACUGUAAAUACUCCAACGUUGGAUGGCCGAACAUUACAAGUUGCAUUUAAAGAUGUCAUCAAACCGGGGUACAAGUGGAAUAUCGCUGGUGAAGGACUUCCUUUACCCAAAUGCCCAGAGAGACGAGGUGACCUGGUUUUAGAGUUUGAGGUCAGAUUCCCAGAUCGCAUACCCCAGAGCACAAAAGACAUUUUGGGUCAAUUACUACCUCCGUAGAGCCAGUAGAAGAACAUGUUAGCUAGCGGCAAGUUUCUGAAGUCCAAAUGGCGUCCACUUGAGGAUUUGUGUAUAUUAUUAUUAUUAUUAUUAUUAUAUGAUGUACUUUUUGUUUUUGUUUCAGUUCAAGGUGACAAUAGAGGAACAAAGCAGCUCUGUGCCUUGUCUUGGAACUUCUUCAUAAAACAACUCAUUUGAGUUUUCACAUUGCUUAGCGUUCUGGUCGGCAGUACGAGUCGGUUUGUCUGGCUGAAUUUUGUAACAAGCGAGUGUCAAGGCCGGACGGUGGUUUGAUGUUGGUACAAUAUUAUUGCUGGGGCAGACUUGUCACUUUUCAGUUCUGUAGUCCCAGAGCUUGCCCCCCAAAUGCAGUGUGUGUUCCAGCCAUUCAGAUCAUCACCAGGUCAUGUUUAGGUGACACUCCUCCCUCGUCGGUGUAAACACAUUGUGCGAUGACGCAGUUGUCUUUGCGCCAGAUUAUUGGCCAGCAUUGCUUUGGGUUUGACUAAAAGCCCGACGGGAUAUUUCCAAAUGGCAUUUUAGAGUUGCAGUUGUUAACCAAAACUGGAGACGUGCUCUGUGGCGUGAUGGAGCGCUUAGACAAGUUCACUGUGAGUGCAGGAGUGGACAUUCACAUUCUGCCAUUUUCAGCUUUAACACUCAGUGACUUGAAUUCAUGGUCUUAUUGACAUAUUUCUGUACAUAUUCCAGAAAGGAGAGGCGCGCUGCAUUUCAAAUAAAUGUAAAAAUGUCAAAUGCAGCUCCUCUUAAUCGCUGGAUGUUUUGUAUAUGCAAUUUUGUAUAUUUUGUCAGUUUCUGAAUAAAAAAUAAUGGGUUCAGAAAGA